AUGUUCACUUCUAAGGAAUCUUCGCCAAACACCCUAUACGCUACACCGACGAGAUUACUCAUAGGUUGUCGGACAUCGAUUUCGCAGGCAUGGACAAGAACUGGUGUUAUGAGUUUAGCGAAAGGACUAAUUAAGGAAUUCGAGACAGGGCAUUUGGAAGAGGAUGAUGAUGAAGAUGACGAUGACGUUGAGGAUGACCAUGGGGAUGAGGAUGUGGAUGUUGAUGAUGAUGAGGAUGACCUUAGCAUCCCUUAUUUUUUCGAAGAUGAUAAUGGGCAUGAGGUCGACAUGGGUGAGAAUGUAGAUUAUGAAAACACAAGAGACGGUGAAUAUGCAAGGGGUGGGGAAGAUGUUGUUAUGGGUGAUGCAGUUGACCCACAAGUUGAGGAAGUUGUGAGGGUAAACGAAUCUAAGGAAGCGGUGAGGGUUAAUGAAGCUGAGGCACUGGGUAAGGUUAAUGAAGUUAUUGGGCAUGUAUAUGAUAUAGGUCAAUCAAACAAGUGGAAAAAGUCUGAGAGAAUUCUUAAACUAAAUCUUGCUAAAAGGGUUGAAGGUCAAGGUAUUAGUGUUCGAUCGCUAAUGGAGUUGGAUUAA